UGUCAACCAAUAGCUCGUCGCGAGAGGAAACCCACCAAAUUUGUAUUUUUCUGCACGAGCUACUUCUUCUCUUUGUUUCAGGUUUGGCCAGAUUUUCAGACAUGAUGGAUGCACUGUCGGUGGUGUGUCAGCUGCGGGACCUGGCGUCUGAACCACAGAACCGAGCUGUGAUUGUCCAGGACCAAGGUUGUCUUCCAGGACUGGUUCUCUUCCUGGACCACCAGAAUCCAGAAGUGUUGUUUGCAACCCUGCAGACUCUUCGUUAUCUGGCUGAAUUGCCUCUCAAUGUACCCAUUAUGAAGAAUGAGCUGGGUAUGAUGGUGAGCUUGGAAAAACUUAUCAGGAGGGAGGGCCUGUCUCUUGAUAUCACAGCUCUGGCUAAAGAGGUUUAUAGCAUUCUGAGAGCACCUGCUAAUCCAGCACCACGCACACCGGAGAGGGAGAAAAGAAGGAAGCCCCAGUUCUUUAUCAAUUCUACCAACAAGAAGGCUAAGUCUGUGACAUUACACAUCCAGGGGUUGGACAGCACCCAACAAAGAGGCUUAUGUGAAGAGGCUCUUCUGAAAGUCAAAGGGGUGAUCAGCUUCACUUUUCAAAUGGCCUCAAAGAGGUGCACAGUCCGCAUCCGUUCGGACCUUCCCACCGAGAGUCUGGCCACAGCUAUCGCUUCCACUAAGGUGUUGUCGGCUCAGCAAGUGGUGAAAAACGAGGCUGGAGAAGAGGUUUAUGUCCCUCUGAACUCUUGUGGCGCUCAGGUGCCACAAAACGCAGACAUCCCAGACUACCUCCCAGAGGACGAGGAGCCCAGAGAGGGAGGUUGACAAAGCACUUUCCCGCACCGCAGCUAAGAAGAUUCCAGCGGGAGCUGGCUGAAUGCUGCUGCUAGUUUCCUCACAAAAACCUUCUACUGGUGAAGCUCUAAUUUUGUCCUAAAAAUGUCCAUCUAGACUCCCUCUUCUCAUUGCUGAGAUGGAGUCCUCAUACAAGCUGGAAUGUUUGCUGAUAUGAGGGGUUUUGUCGAGUCUGCCAUUCAACAAGCAACUACAAAAUCAUUGCUUUGUGUAUGUACAGAUUUGCUUUCUAAAAAUCUUUCAAGCUAAAUGAAAGUAAACUUGUGUAUGUCUCUUUCUUUUUUGUGUUCCAUUUACUUUGGACUUUUUAAUUUGUUUUUGCUUGGCUGCGAGGGCCGUUCGAGGCUGCUUGCAGCUUUAAUUUGUUUUUGCCUUUUCUCAGCAUCGUUUACCUCCCAACAUGUCAGUCAUGUUCAUCUUACUGUCUUACUGUUUGUGACUACUUGAACUGGUUUAUGCUGAAAUAAAUGUACAAAAGAU